AUGCCGCUAUCGCAACCAGUCCGAGGAGGUCAAAAUACCUCUGGAAACUCGGAGCAGAGCAGACAAACUCUGCGAGAUAUAGAAACUAUGGUGCAAUCAUCUGGAGUUCCUCAAAGGCUGCGUAACGAUGGUAAACAUUCCACUACAUCUGCCACAAGUACCCCGCUGAUAUCAACAGAAUCAUGGGUCGAGAUAUCCUCACAACCAUCUUCUUCUUCCCUUUCAUCUAUCGGCGACGAGAUAGUCACGACGGGACUACGAGUCCAACAUGAUCCCAACUCCCACCGACGGCGCCGCGCACAGGGUGCUUCAACCCGGAUAGACAUGCCAACGAGGCAGACAAGUACGAGCAGUCAAGAAGAAUAUGAAGAGAGCGAGAGUGAGGAGGAUCAUGUCAUGACGAGUUCAAACGAACAUAUCACGCCCGCUACGAGAUUACUUAAUAUGCCACAAACACAAUACGAUGCUGCUUCAUCGGACGAGGAUGAUGAUGAGAAUGCAACAGCAUUAGGACGACGAACUGAUGAACCAUUUACACCACAACCCAACGCCUUUUCCCAUCCUCCAUCAUCACAUCGCCACCGAAGAUCAGAACCAGGAUCCUAUUUCCCCGCGCGAAGAAACAGCAACGACAGAAACCCAUACGCAUCCCGCCGCCUCCCCUCCUACAACCAAGCAGACCACGACGCCGCGCUCCGCGCCUCCCUCACAACCCUCCUCUCCAUCGGUGCCGCGGCCGCUCGCGGAAAGCGAAAUCAGCAGAACCCAUCAAGUACAAACAUCGAGCCCAUGGGUCUACGCUUCGUGCCCGAGUCCGAACUCGUCGGUCCAUCCACCAUUCCCGCAAACACAUCCCGUCCACUCUCCCCUUCUACCCGCGCGAGAAGCAGUCCAAGCAUCUCCAGCACCGAAGCCGUCGAAAAGGGGAAACGAAAAGCAGGUACCAGCACAACAGUCAAAGAAAAACCGCGCGCCGACAAGAAAAGGCGGAAAAGCACACAAGUCUCGGUCGACGGGGAGGAGAUGCUGCUUAGUCCUACGGUCUUCACGUGGGUGGUGUCGGCGGGUGUGUUGGUGCUGUUUAGUGUUGUGGGGUUUGGGGCCGGGUAUGUGAUUGGGCGGGAGGUUGGACGGAAGGAGGUGCUUUCUGGGUUUCAGGGUGCGAGUUUCUCGGAUAGUGGGUAUGUGCAGGAUGUCAAGGCGUCGGGGGGUGGGUUGAGGAGGUUUAAAUGGGGGAUUGGUGGGGGGGCGAGGGGGGUGGCUGCGAGUGCUUGA